AUGGCCUUGCUCCUGGUCUCUUUGCUGGCAUUCCUAAGCUUGGGCUCCGGAUGUUAUCAUCGUCUCUGUCACUGCUCUAACAAAGUUUUCCUCUGCCAAGACAGCAAGGUGACAGAGAUUCCCUCCGACCUCCCCCGGAACGCAGUUGAACUGAGAUUUGUCCUCACCAAGCUUCGAGUCAUUCCCAAAGGAGCAUUUGCAGGAUUUGGGGACCUGGAGAAAAUAGAGAUCUCUCAGAAUGAUGUCUUGGAAGUGAUAGAGGCAGAUGUGUUCUCCAACCUGCCCAAGUUACAUGAAAUUAGAAUUGAAAAGGCCAACAACCUGCUGUACAUCAACCCUGAGGCCUUCCAGAACCUUCCCAACCUUCGAUAUCUGUUAAUAUCAAACACAGGCAUUAAGCACUUGCCAGCUGUUCACAAGAUUCAAUCUCUGCAAAAGGUUUUACUAGACAUUCAAGAUAACAUAAACAUCCACAUGGUUGAAAGAAAUUCUUUCAUGGGGCUGAGUUUUGAGAGUGUGAUUCUAUGGCUGAAUAAGAAUGGAAUUCAAGAAAUACAAAACUGUGCAUUCAAUGGAACCCAACUAGAUGAGCUGAAUCUAAGUGAUAACAAUAAUUUGGAAGAAUUACCUAAUGAUAUUUUCCAGGGAGCCUCCGGACCAGUCAUUCUAGAUAUUUCAAGAACAAGGAUCCAUUCCCUGCCUAGCUAUGGCUUAGAAAAUCUUAAGAAGCUGAGGGCCAGGUCUACUUACAAUUUAAAAAAGCUUCCCAGUCUGGAAAAGUUUGUUGCCCUCGUGGAGGCCAGCCUCACCUACCCCAGUCAUUGUUGUGCCUUUGCAAACUGGAGACGGCAAAUCUCUGAGCUUCAUCCAAUUUGCAACAAAUCUAUUUUAAGACAAGAAGUUGAUGAUAUGACUCGGGUUAGGGGUCAGAGAGUCUCUUUGACAGAAGAUGAUGAGUCCAGUUAUGACAGAGGAUUGGACAUGAUGUAUGGUGAAUUUGACUAUGACUUAUGCAAUGAAAUGGUUGAUGUGAUCUGCUCCCCUAAGCCAGAUGCAUUCAACCCAUGUGAAGAUAUAAUGGGGUACAACAUCCUCAGAGUCUUGAUAUGGUUCAUUAGCAUCCUGGCCAUCACUGGGAACAUCAUAGUUCUGGUGAUCCUGACUACCAGCCAAUACAAACUCACAGUCCCCCGGUUCCUUAUGUGCAAUCUGGCCUUUGCUGAUCUCUGCAUUGGAAUCUACUUGCUGCUCAUAGCAUCAGUUGAUAUCCACACUAAGAGCCAAUACCACAACUAUGCCAUUGACUGGCAAACUGGAGCAGGCUGUGGUGCUGCUGGCUUCUUCACAGUCUUUGCCAGUGAGUUGUCAGUCUAUACUCUGACAGCCAUCACCCUGGAAAGGUGGCAUACUAUUACCCAUGCUAUGCAACUGGACUGCAAGGUGCAGCUCCGCCAUGCUGCCAGUGUCAUGGUGAUGGGCUGGAUCUUUGCUUUUGUAGCUGCCCUCUUUCCCAUCUUUGGCAUCAGCAGUUAUAUGAAGGUAAGCAUCUGCCUGCCCAUGGAUAUUGACAGCCCUUUAUCACAGCUGUAUGUCAUGACCCUCCUUGUGCUCAAUGUUCUAGCCUUUGCAGUCAUCUGUGGCUGCUACACCCACAUCUACCUCACAGUGAGAAAUCCUAACAUUGUGUCCUCCUCUAGCGAUACCAAGAUUGCCAAGCGCAUGGCCACACUUAUCUUCACCGACUUCCUCUGCAUGGCCCCCAUUUCUUUUUUUGCCAUUUCUGCCUCCCUCAAGGUGCCCCUCAUCACUGUGUCCAAGGCAAAGAUCCUCCUGGUCUUGUUCUACCCCAUCAACUCAUGUGCCAACCCUUUCCUUUACGCCAUCUUUACCAAGAACUUUCGAAGGGAUUUCUUUAUUCUGCUGAGCAAGUUUGGCUGUUAUGAAAUGCAAGCUCAAAUUUAUAGGACAGAAACCUCCUCCACUACCCACAACUCCCAUCCAAGGAAUGGUCACUGCUCUUCAGCUCCCAGAGUCACCAAUGGUUCCAGUUACAUACUUGUCCCUCUAAGCCAUUUAGCCCAGAACUAA